AUGGGUGCCGAGCUCGGGGUGGCCGCCGGGCCGCUCGGACGUGUUGCUGCGGGCGCGAUGGAAGCCGGUCCUGGUGGCAUCGCACCGUGCUACUCGUACUCGCACUCCAAGGGACUUUUUAUCGGUAUUUCGGUUGAAGGUUCGGUCGUGCUCGCGCGACCGGAUGUGAACCUGGAGUUUUACGGCAAGGAGGUCACAGCGGCAGACCUUCUCAGCGGCCGAGAACGCCCACCCGUUGCUGCGCAACCGCUCUAUGAUGCACUCACGAUGGCCGUGGAGAGUCCUGCGAACGGCCUCAACCGCGGCUCUCUCUCGACGCGGGCGGCAUCCUACAGCAGCAGCAGUCAGCACCUGUCGACACCCGCGCCCGUGUCGGCCCCGGCUGCGAGCUCGGUCGCCUUGUAG